CUUUACUUCAGAGUGGUCGAGGUGUGUGAGGGCUGUGUCCGGUUUGACGGCCUUGGGUGCGGCGGGAGCCGUCGUGGGUGCGCUGAUGGGGUUAACUGCAUUGCUGGCUAUGAUUUCAUGAAUGGUGAUCAGGAUGCAUCAUGGAGACUGAGGUUAAUGUUCCUUCUUUUGAACUUAGCUCCAAUAAUGCAGCAACUAUUCCAGCCCAAGAAACCAUUGCUGGAAGUGAAACUACAACUGUAACUGUAGGAAGUGGUGCCAAUGAUGUGGGUGUAUCAGUACAAGAUCUUAGUCAUUCCAGCACUCCACCAGAAGAAGUGAUUGAUACUGCCACAUCUUCAGAUAGAUCUGCAUGCAUAGUUAUACCAUCAACAGAAAUGGUUGCUGAAGUGACUCCAUCAGAUGCUGCCAUUCUUUCACUGUCAGAUGAGGCAGCACCAUGCAUCAAGUCUUCAGAACAGCUGUCUACUACUGCAAACCAUUCAGACAAGCAGUCUGCUAUAACUUCAUCAGCUGUUGAACCACAUUGCCAUGCUAGUACAUUAGAAGUCAUUACUUCAAAUGCCAGUGCUCUGAACACAUCUGCCCCAAGCCCCCCUUUGCCAAACAUCUCUGCUCUGAAUACGCCUCCCCCAGACAACUCCCCCCCAGACACGGCCCCCGCCAGCCCAUCCUCUCAACCCCCAGAUUCCCCACUGCACACCUCCACCCACCUCUCCAAUGGUGGUGCACUGGCAUCCCCCAAUGGCACCUCAGAGCUCACUGAGGUGGACCUGCUGGACGACGAUGCCGGCGCCGCAGCCGGCCGCCACCUGGCCGUCUGCGGCGGCGGCAGCGACGCGGCCAGCAGCGGCGGCAGCAACGCGGCCAGCGACGCCGCCGGUGCCUCCAGCCCGCUCUCCGAGCCCAGCGACGACUUCCCGGGCCACGCUGGUGGCGGCGAGUUCUUCAACGGCCCGGGCGGCGGCGGCGCCGGCGGCGCGGUGCCGGUGCGGAACGGCGUCAGGGUCGACGUCGAGAUGGAGGCGCGGCUCUUCAACCUCACCGACAAGGUGGCCGCGCUCACCGAGGAGAAGACGAUUGCCGAGGACAAGCUCAAACGUCUGCAGGACGAGGUGCUCCGGCUGACCAGCGAGAACGGCCGCGAGCGGGCGCACAUCGAGACCCUCGAGCAGCAGCUGUCGGCGCGGCGUAGCGAGCUCGACAACCAGCGCGAGGCGGCCGCCGAGCAGGCGCGCCGCCACCAGGAGGCGACGCGCGCGCUCGAACUCGACCUGACUGGUCGCCUGAACCGGACGCGGGCUCAGUUCGAGGCGGCGCUGCGCGACAAGGACAAGAUGGUGCUGCGAUACGCGCAAAGCGAGAAGUCGGUGAUCGAUGCCAAGCGCGAGGCGGCGGCGGCCGACAAGCGCAUGAGGGAAGCGCUCAAGGAGAAGGAGCUGCUGCUCAGCAAGGUCAACCACCUCGUGCAGGAGCGCAACAAGAUGAGCCAACAGAUGGAGACCAAGAUCCAGGAAGCCAAGGGCCUGACGCGCGACUCUGGCAAGAUGAAGGAGGAGAUCGAGUCCAGGGACGUGCGCAUCAAGUGGCUGCAGAACAAGAUGAAGCAGGAGGCAGACGGCUACAAGGACGGCCAGCUGCGGAUGGAGACGCUGCUGCGCGAGCUGCGCGAGGCCCAGGAGACGAUUCGGCAGUAUAAGCUGACCGAGGACUCCCGAUCCACCGCGCUGGACAAGGAGCUGCGCGAGGAGAAGGCGCGCCGCCUGGUGGAAGAGAAGCUGAAGCAGGACAGCUCGCACAAGGAGCGGGCGCUGGCGGCCCAGCUGCAGGAGCAGCAGGAGCGCUGCAGCCGACUGGCGCAGGACUGCGCCCAGCACCUGGAGAGGGCGCUGGCGGCCGAGUCGGCCCUGGAGCCGACGGAGGCGGCGCGGGCGCGGCUGCAGCAGGAGGUGGCCGCGCUCCGGCACCAGGUGGAGACGCUGCUGCAGGACUCGGCCGAGCUGGACGAGACCAGAGCCACCCUGGACAGGGAGCGCGAGCGCCUGUCCGCCUGCCAGGCGGAGGUGGCCGCCCUGCAGACGGCGCAGGCGGACCUGCAGGCCGACCUGGACGGCUGCCGCGUUAAGGAGGCCGACCUGCUCGACUUCACGCAGAAGCUCACGGAGAAGAACGUGGAGCUGCAGUCGCAGAUCUCAGGGUUCCAGGCCCGGUCCGAGGCAGCCGACUUCGAGUCGCGCGAGUUCAGUUCGCAGCGAGCCGAGCUGGAGGCGCGACUCGCCGACGUGACGUCUCGGCUCGCGCGCGAGCAGGAGGCGCGUGGUACCGACAAUCAGCUGCUGGCACGCCGGCUGGCCGAGCGGACACGCCAGGUGGAGGAGCUCACCAAGCGGGCCGAGGACGCCGAGAACGAGACGGCGAUCGGACGCAAGAAACACCGCAGCAGUGUCAGGGAGCUGCAGCGGGAGCUGGCGCAGGCGCGCCGCCGCCUGGAGUCGCAGGAGCCGAGCCCGGCGCCGACGCCGGCCGACGCGCUCAGCCAGGCGUCGCGCGCCUCCAGCAACGUCAGCCUGCACGAGGCGGCUGAGCCGCCGCCCGUGCAGGUGGCGGCGUCGGCGCCGACAGAGCCCGACCGCCAGACGCUGAUCGAGCGCAUCGUGCGGCUGAAGGGCCAGGUGGCACGGCGCAAUGAGAAGAUCGACUUCCUGGAAGUGCAUAUGAACGGACUGGCGGAGGACGUGCGCCAAAAGUCACGCCUCCUGCAACACUACGUUCUGCGCGAGGAGGCCGGCGCGCUGGCCUCCCAGCACAUGGAUCAGGCCAAGUCGGAACUGAUGCGGAAGGGCGGCAUCAUGGCGUCCGUCUACGGCUCGCAGGCCAGGGACCAGGCCAUGACACUCGACCUGUCGCUCGAGAUCAACAAGAAGCUGCAGUCGGUGCUGGAGGACACGCUCCUCAAGAACAUGACCCUCAAAGACAACAUGAAUGUGCUGGGUCAAGAGAUUGCCUCGCUGACCGAGGAAAACCGACGACUCAAGAGUCAAUGACCCCGCGUCGAACCGAGAUAGCCGAAACGGGACAUCGGCGAGACUGCGGGCCGCACGACGGGCGGGUUCGUCGCCGGACCGGGCGCACCUCUCCCGGGCGCUUGAUGGGCGGGUUUGUGGUGAACCAGACACAUCUCGGACUCGUCUCCCGCUCGGCCGCCGUGAUAGCCUCCGCGCUUGUGUGAAAGACGACUUAUUUAUGUGGUACAAAAGAUUGGCGUGCGUCCCCGGAUUGCGACGUGCGCCAUGCCGAUCACGUGACGUAAGGCUGCUCCGUUCGUGCUCCUUGUGUGAUAACUGUUGAUGUGUUCGCGCGGCGCUCGUCUUGCCGCACGUUUGGGCGGGGUAAUACCUGGCUUAUAUAUCUGCUAUAUGACGCUCUGCUCUGGGGGUGAGAGGGGCGCACGGCCCGCGGGCGGUCGCUCCGAGGACCGGCCGGCUGUCGACACCGCCGGCAGCUGGCGCGGCCUCCAGUCUGCGGGGCGUGGUUUUCAGCGGCCGGCCGCCUCAGCCGCCGCCCGGAGCUCAGCCGGCCGGCGCUGCGGGCCGGGCGCCAGGCGCCCUCAGAGUCUCGGCUGUCCACUAUUAAUCAGUCGGUGUGAUGCAGCGCCGCGGCCGCUCGCCGCCAGCUCCCCGCGGUGUCCGUCGGGGUUGCGCGGGUGGGUGGCGGGACGCGCUGGUGUCGCCCCGUCCGCGGUGUUCGCAGUAGUCUCCGUCACAAAGCGCACGGACGCACGUGGUGCCGCCCCUGUCUUCGCGCACUGGUGGCAGCAGUCCGCUCGGCUCAGACCGAGCCUCCGGCCGGGGCGGCCACAGUGGUGAUGUGUACCCCGUGCUGGGCUGAGAUGUCCAUCAGGACGUAU